AUGGCUGGAGAGGUUGGCAAGUGGGUUAGUUUCUUCAAAAAUUCUUGGGUUUUAAUCCCACUGAUUAUUGCCCAUGGAGUGGUCGUGGUUACGGUGGUUGUCGCGUACUCUUCCGUCUUCUCCCACAUAAAUAAUGCCGCGCGCAGCGCCGCCACGAGUGCCAUGGAGGUGUCGCUGACGCACGUCGCCGCCGGCAUGCAGUCUCUCAUCGAAGCCAACCACUCCGCCGCCGUCGUCGCGCACUCUUUGCAGAUCCCCGGCAACAAAUCAUCUCAUUUCCGACACGUGGGACCAUAUAUGUUCAUGGCGUUGGCCAUGCAGCAGCAGGUGGCCGAGAUGUCAUACACCAGCGUGAAUGGCACCACGUUGACAUACUACCGCGCCGAGAAGGGUCAGCAGUCAGCGAAGCUCGGAGUCUGGCUAGUGCUCAGCAAGUGGAGCGGGGCAACCAAGGUCCGACAGAUCGGGGUGGCCGUCGUGUGCAUCGUGUGUGCAAUCACGAUAGUGGCGACCGUGGUGUGCUUCCUCAUGGCGCAGGUGUUGUGGAGGGUCAGGGCGCGGGAGGUCGCGCUGGAGGCCGACCUAGUGCAACAGAAGGAAGCGCUCCAGCAAACGGAGCACAAGAGCGUGAACAAGAGCAACGCCUUUGCCCGCGAUAGCCAUGACAUCCGCUCCUCGCUCGCUGCUGUCGCUGGACUCAUCGAGAUAUCCCGGCCGGAGACCCGUGGCAACACCAAUCUCAUCUAUAACCUCAACCAGAUGGAUGUCGGCACCAACAAGCUCUUCGAUAUACUCAACACAAUACUGGACAUGGGCAAGUUGGAGUCCGGGAAGAUACAAAUAGAAGAGGUAGAGUUCAGGAUGGCAAAUGUCCUCGAGGAAUCCAUGGACCUGGCGAACGUCAUUGGAAUGUCAAGAGGUGUCGAGGUGAUCUGGGACCCUUGUGACUUUUCCGUGCUCCGGUGCACUGCCACCAUUGGUGACUGUAAACGUGUCAAGCAAAUCCUCGAUAACCUUCUUGGCAACGCCAUCAAGUUCACACACGAAGGCCAUGUCAUGCUGCGGGCGUGGGCCAACCACCCCACCAUAAGGGGCUCCAUGAUCAGCACCCCGUCAAGGUUCGGCCCCCGCCGUCGCACCGGUGGGGUCUUCCGUCGGAUGCUUGGAAGGAGUGAGAAUUGUGCCGAACAAACUGACGGCUUGUCCUUGAAAAUUGAUCCCGAUUCGGUUGAGUUUUAUUUUGAGGUGGUUGACACUGGUGUGGGGAUACCUGAAGAGAAGAGGGAGUCUAUCUUUGAGAACUACGUUCAAGUGAAGGAUGGGCAUGGUGGAAUCCUUGAAAUUCAGGUUCGUCUCAUGGGAGGGGAGAUAAACAUCAAGGACAAGGAGCCCGGAGAAGCGGGAACGUGCUUUGGCUUCAACGUGUUCCUGAAGGCCAGCGAGAGUCCAGAGAUUGAAGACAACCUCGAGGAAGGGAGAGCGGCGCCUUCUCUGUUCAGGGAGCCCGCCUGCUUCAAGGGCGGACACUGCAUCCUCCUCGUCCACGGUGACGAGACCCGCCGGAUCCUGCACACAUGGAUGGAGAGCAUCGGGACGAGGGUCUGGCCCGUCUCGUGCGCCGAGCUCCUCGCCCCGACCAUCGACAAGGUGUGCUCCACCUUCGGUGCCUCGCCGUCAAGGUCGGCGUCGAUGUCGUUGCUGCACAGCGCAGGAGGCGGCGCCACGGAUCGCUGCUUCAGCUCCAAGGAGAUAGUCAGCGACCUGCGGAAUAGCAGCGGCAUGGCCGGCAACCACGCCGGGCACCUCCACGCCUUAGGCCUGCUAGUCGUCAUUGACGUCUCCGCUGGGAGGCUCCACGAGGUCGCCCGUGAGGCGGCGAGCUUGGCGAGGACCAAGCUCCAGGCACCGUGCGGGGUCGUCUGCCUGACGGACCUCAAGACCCCCUCCCAGGACCUGAGGAGGUUCAUGGAGGCGAGCAGCUGCGACCUCGAGUUGCACAAGCCCAUCCACGGCUCCCGGCUGCACAAGCUCCUCCAGGUCAUGAGGGACCUCCAGGCAUCCCAUUUCGAGCACCUGCACUUGUAUCAGUUCGAGAUGCCGGCGGCAGAUCAGACCACUGCGUCAGCGUCCGAGAUCACGCCCGCGGUGCCUAUGGGACCAGCCAAUGUUGGAGACGGCAAGCCGCUGGAGGGGAUGCGCGUGCUACUAGUGGACGACACCAUGCUGCUGCAGAAAAUCCACGAACCGAUGUUGAGCGAUCUUGGAGCAGCCGUGGUGAUUGCAGGUGAUGGCUCCGUGGCUGUGGCCAUGUUCACAGAAGCUCUACACAACGCUUUGCCCUAUGACGUGGUGCUCAUGGAUUGCCAGAUGCUGGUGAUGAAUGGCUAUGAGGCGACGAGGCGCAUCCGCGAGGAAGAAAGCCGCUACGGCGUCCGCACCCCGAUCAUCGCGCUGACUGCGAAUUCCGCGAAGGAGCGGCUGCGGGAGGCCGUCGAAGCUGGGAUGGAUCUUCAUCUCACAAAGCCGAUACCCAAGCCGAAGAUCGCAGGGGUUGUUCUUGAGCUCUGCAAACAAGACAAGAACUGACGUUGUUCUCUUCUGGCGAGGAUAUUUAAUUAUUUAUCACCCAUGCAUAUGGGAAUAGUGCUAGUAAUCAAGAUCCUGCUCCUGCUGUUCUAGCUGUUGCUGUAGGCAGUGUUAUCAGUAGACAGACAGCUCAGCAGCCGAGCAGAAGGUUAAGCAAUAACGGCAUGACAA